GUGUGAAAAGCGGCCAGAGGGGCGGCGGUGGCUGUGAGCAGAAACCUGUCCCGAACAGAAGUGGGACCCUUCUGGUGCUGGUGGAGUGACAUCUGAGCUGGGACUUGAAGGCCCUUUAAGCUUUGAUUCCGGGAAAAAGGAGCUGAUGGAACUUUCUAGUUGCCCCAUGGGAUAGGAAGGUAACUAGUGCCUCCCCACCACCUCCACCCAUCCUCUUCCUGGAAAGGCUUGUGCAGGAGGGGCAGAGGAGCGCGGCCGUGGGACUGUCAGCUUCGCCUGCUAUGCUGACCUCCAGCACUUGACCUUUCAAAGACCGCUGGAGAAAGACGCCCAAAGCUUCUUCCGGGAUCUUCCAGGGCCGGGUACUUGGUCAUAGCAAGACCGAGGCGCAAUUCCUAGUGGCUUGCAAGUUUCCAGCGGGGAGGACAAAUCUAACUGAACACUGAGGCCACCUCUCUGACCCUUUGGGAAAUGGCCGGAGGUUAGGAAACGCAUCACCGCGGCCUGCCGAGCCCAGAGGACUCGCCUCACAAACGGGAGCCCUCGCAAACAGGCGGGCCGUGCACGGGGCCAGGAUUGGAAGACCCGCCGGGUGCCCCCUCCCGGCCCCAGGCGGCGCGGUGCGGCAGGGCUGUGGGAGACUGCGCGUGCGCGCUGGGCGGCCGGUUCCGGAGACGACGUCCCCAGCCGCCUCCCGUCUCCCGCGACAGCAUGAAGACCGCCGAGGACGCCAGAGGAGUGUUUGGCAAGGGGCCGCGGAAGCUAGGCCUCUGCCUCCUCUGCGGCCUGCCCGCGGCAGGAAAAUCGACCUUCGCGCGGGCCCUAAGCCCCCGGUUACGGCAGGAGCAGGGCUGGGCCGUCGGCGUGGUCGCCUAUGAUGACGUCAUGCCGGACGCGUUCCAGGAGGAGGCGAGCGCGCGGCCGUUGCCAUCCCAAUGGAAGUUGCUUCGACAGGAACUGUUGAAGUACCUAGAAUACUUCUUGUUGGCUGUCAUUAACGGGUGUCAGAUGUCUACCCCACCCAACAGGACUGAAGCCAUGUGGGAGGAUUUUAUAACCUGCUUAAAGGAUCAAGAUCUGAUAUCUUCUGCUGCACCGGAGGCCCGGUCUUGCUAUCUCUUAACGAAGACUGCUGUUUCUAGACCUUUGUUUUUGAUUUUAGAUGACAACUUUUAUUAUCAAAGUAUGAGAUACGAAGUCUACCAACUGGCACGGAAAUAUUCAUUAGGCUUUUGCCAGCUUUUUUUAGAUUGCUCUCUGGAGACCUGUUUACAGAGGAAUGGCCAGAGACCCCAGGCGCUGCCAGCCGAGACCAUCCACCUGAUGGGAAGAAAGCUGGAAAAGCCCAACCCCGAGAAAAAUGCUUGGGAACACAACAGCCUCACAAUUGAGAGUUCAGAAUGUUCUUCUGAAGCCAGCCUGAAGUUGACCGAUUUAUUGCUUACUGCUUUGGAAAAUCCAGUAAAAUAUAUUGAGGACAAUGUGGAACAAAAGGAAGCAGACAGAAUCAUUUGUUCAAACAACCUUCUUCAUCAAGCCGAUCAGAUGCUCCGAAGGAUUGUCUCUCAGACGAUGAAGGAAGCAAAAGAGAGAGACAGAGCAUGACUGGGGAGGGGGAGAGAGGGAG